AUGGCGACGUUGACCAUGGAAGACGAAGAAGCGCUGGCGCCGUGGCGCAUUAAUGCCGAGAGUAUUACCCCGAUCCGGCCAUUAGGAGCUGGAGCUUAUGGCACGAGUCGCCACAGUCGCCAGAGCAGCAAUAACGCGUCGGGUGCAACCUCCGGGACGAAUUCAAGAACCCGGACCAAGUCACGGAGUUUACGGGGUCAAAGUGCUCUGCGUCGCUUCGUUGCGGAGAUUCGGUUCCUGGCUUGCCUCAGUCAUCCCAAAGUCGUGGCGUUCUACGGGGCAGCCUGGGCCUCCCCUUUGAAAGCGGAGAAUGGGACCUUAGAAGCUGGCAAUACGGGAAAUGCUGGCACGGGUAAUGCCUCGGACCUUCAGAUGGUGCUCGAGUAUAUGAGCGGAGGGGACUUGCGGCAGUACUUGGUGGGGACUCGACAUGACGCUCGAGCCCGGGCGUGGCGAGCUCCGAAAUUGGCCAUGGCUCUGGAUAUUGCGGAAGCCCUGACGUACUUGCACUCGCGGCAGCCGAAACCGAUUUUGCAUCGGGACCUCAAGUCGAGGAACAUCUUGCUGGACUCGGCCUACACGGCCAAAGUGGCGGACUUUGGCGUGAGUCGGUAUGGGCUGCAUCACUUGCUUGAGGGGGAGAGAGGAGGAGGAGGAGAACGAGAAGAAGAAGGGCAGGAUGACGAGGACGACUCGACGGAACAACUUGCAAUGACAAGGUCGAUAGGAACGAAUCGGUGGAUUGCACCGGAAGUGCUGUCCGGCGAUGCGCGGUACUCGACAGCAGUGGAUAUCUACUCGUUUGGAGUCAUUCUGUCGGAACUCGACAGCCAUGAACUACCGUUCUCGGAAGUGACGCUGUCGAAUGGUCAGUCCUUGCCGGAAAGUGCUGUGCUGGAGCUAUUGAGGACAGGAGCGAUUCGCCCGUCGCUGUCGGACCGAUGUCCUCGAGAAGUUGCGACGCUCGUGAUGGAGUGUUUAACGCUCGAGCCAAGUCGACGCCCGACAGCAGCCCAAGUGGCGGAGCGACUUCGGAGUUUAUUGGAGCGCGAGCGUCGCGUGAGUGACAUUGGGGACGAUGUGAGUACAAGUGACCAGAACUCCUUCCUAGGCGCUCGAGAAGACCUGGGAAGUAUGUUCAGUAGCAGCGUGGGGAGCUCGAGUUUGUCCAUGGAGCGUGGAUUCAACUACGCAGUAUUGGGGGAGCGCUAG